UUCGAUGAGAUCGUCUUUGCGCGCACCAGUCCCCAGCAGAAGCUGAAGAUUGUGGAGGGCUUCCAGAGGAGAGGUGAGGUGGUGGCAGUCACCGGCGACGGCGUCAACGACUCACCGGCGCUCAAGCGAGCGGACAUUGGCGUCGCCAUGGGCAUCACCGGCUCCGAUGUGUCGAAGCAGGCGGCCGAUAUGAUCCUCCUCGAUGACAACUUCGCCUCCAUUGUGGUGGGGGUGGAGGAGGGUCGGCUGAUCUUUGACAAUUUGAAGAAGUCCAUCGCGUACACGCUGACGAGCAACAUUCCCGAGAUGGUGCCCUUCCUCCUGUACAUUCUACUAGGACUGCCCCUCGGCCUGGGAACGGUGACCAUUUUGUGCAUCGACAUCGGCACCGACAUCUUCCCCGCAAUCAGCCUCGCCUACGAACCGGCCGAAAGUGACAUCAUGUGCCGGCGGCCGCGGACCUCGGCGGAGCGCCUCGUCAGCCACCGCAUGAUCCAGGUGACCUACUUCUACGUGGGCAUCAUCUCCACGGCUGCCGGCUUCCUCGCCUACUUCGUCAUCAUGGCGGAGCACGGCUUCUUCCUCGUUGGCCUCACCACCGUCCGGGCCCGCGGCUGGGAGCGGCCCGGGGAGGAGGUGGUGGUGGACUGGUACGGCCAGGAGUGGCACUACGCCGCCCGGCGCCGCCUGGAGGCCACCUGUCAGACGGCCUUCUUCGUGGCCAUCGUCGUCACGCAGUGGUUCGACCUGUUGAUCUGCCGGACGCGCCGAAAUUCCCUCCUCCAGCAGGGCAUGACCAAUGACGUGCUCAGCUUUGCGCUCAUCUUCGAGACGGGCCUCACCAUCUUCCUCGUCUACUGCCCGGGCAUGGUCCCCCUCCUCAAGUUGUACCCGCUCAAGUGGGUCUGGUGGAUCUUCGGGCUGCCCUUCGGCCUGCUGCUGCUGCUGCUCGACGAGUGGCGGCGGUGGGCGAUCCGCCACCACCCCGGUGGCUUCAUUGAACGCGAGACGUACUACUGA